ACACACCCGUAUUCAUAAACAAUACUAUGAGUUCUCACAGUGUGCGUGGAUGCACAGGGUCCCAUAAACCUAUUCAGAGACAAUACUUGACCGACGGUCGGCGCUAUGCGUCACUUGAAAUGAACGCACAGCUAAGGUUGCUUGCGAGCUGUAUUAAGCAACGCAUAGUGUCUAUUGUCUAUUAUUUUGAGGUUAGUUGUAUUUCGAGAUUUGUUUUUGCUCUGUUUGUGUAUCAAGAUUAGUGAAAUAUUUUAUUUAAAAUGGAUUACAGCAGUGAAGAAGAAUUUGAUAAUUAUAUCAAUGAGCACGAUGAGCACAGUAUAAUAAAUACCAGAAAAGUGAUACGGGAUUUUCAAGAUCCCUUUGAUUACUACAGUUCGGAAGAAUUCCGUCGACGCUACAGGUUUACCAAAGAUGUGGUACAUUUUGUACUCUUGCCAUUGAUAAAUAAAGACUUGGAGAAAUUAACCGCAAGAGGUCUUCCAGUCCCACCUUUAUAUCAGCUACUAGUGUCUCUAAGAUUUUAUGCUUCUGAAAGUUUUCAGAUGAUUACUGGAGACCUCAUAAGUAUCAGUCAACCAACAGUCUCAAGAAUUGUCAAAAAACAAAAACUUCGAACAAUAUUUAUCGUAUUUUAUAGGUUAUAUUGACAAUUGACAGAUGUCAAUCAGAAGCAGAGUGAACUGCGUAACGUAAACGAACCAAUCACAGAGCUUUAAUCAACGCAAUGCGUUCGCUUAGUCAAGUGUCGCUUGAGUAUUGUUUACGAAAUGGAAUGCUUGCCAUAUGGAACGCAUUGAGAAAUGUCUUACUUCGCAUAGUGCUGCUCCUUUGCUUAAACAAGUAUUGUUUGUGAAUA